GCCGGCAGCUCCCGCCCGCCGCUCCCCGCUGCGCAGAGCGGCCGCGCCGGCGGGGGAUGGAGAGCCAGCGCUGCUUCGCCAACCGCUUCGAUGACUACCCGGGCAGCCCCGCGGCGGCGCCGGACAGGGAGGCGGCGGUGCCGCUGGUGACGGCCACCAUCGAGCGCAUCCUGCGGGAGCUGCCGCCCCUGGGCGGCCCCCGCGGCUGCCCGGGCGGGCUGUACGGCGGCGUGGCCGGCGUGGCCUAUAUGCUGUACCACGUCGCGCAGUGCCCGCUGUUCGCGCCGUCGCGGGACUCGUACCUGCGGGCCGCCCGCCGCGUCGUGGACGCCUGCCUGCGCUACCAGGAGGGAUGCGGCGAGGCCGACGCCGACACCCGCGCCGCCUUCCUGCUGGGCGGCGCCGGGGUGUACGCGGUGGCCGCGUUGGUCUACCGCGCCCUGGGGCUGCCCGAGUACGCGCGGCCGCUGGGCAAGUUCAGGGAGCUGAGCGAGGUGUGCGCCCCGCUCUCCUUCCUCGAGUGCGGCUCGGACGAGCUGUUCGUGGGCCGCGCCGGGUACCUGUGCGCCGCGCUGGUGCUGAAGCAGCGCCUGGGCAUGGAGGUGCUGACUGCAGCACAAAUUAAAUCAAUUUGCCUGGCCAUACUGGAAUCAGGAAAACAGUAUGCAGUGAAGAAGAGGAAACCAGUCCCACUGAUGUAUUCCUAUUAUGGAACAGAGUAUCUAGGUGCAGCACAUGGGCUUUCCUCAAUUCUGCAGAUUUUGCUCUCCUAUUACGAGUACCUGCAGCCAGCAGAUCAGGAGCUGGUGUGGCAGAGUGUGGAUUUCCUGAUGGACCAGGAGCAGAACAGCAACUGGCCCCCUGAGCUGGGGGAGACCAUCGAGCGGGAGAACGAGCUGGUGCACUGGUGCCAUGGAGCUCCAGGCAUUGCAUAUCUGUUUGCCAAAGCUUACCUGGUUUCCAAGAAGCCUCAAUAUCUGGACACUUGUAUCCGCUGUGGAGAGCUCACCUGGCAGAAAGGCCUUCUGAAGAAGGGCCCUGGAAUAUGCCACGGGGUGGCUGGUAGUGCUUAUGUGUUCCUGCUGCUUUAUAGGCUCACUGGGAACUCCAAAUACAUAUACAGGGCACAAAGGUUUGCAGAGUUCUUAUUUACAGAAGAAUUUAAGUCUGGUUCCCGGGCACUAGAAAGCAUAUAUAGUCUGUAUGAAGGUUUUUCAGGAACUGUGUGUUUCCUGACUGACUUGCUGCAACCCAACCAAGCCGAGUUUCCUCUCUUCAGUGUCUUUGUCUAAAGACUGAUGUUCUCCAGGGCCACAUCCUGGAGGCAGUGGGAGAGGGCACCUGCAGUUCCACUUACUUUUCAAGACAGGCUAUGUACAAAACGGGCCAGGGUACCACUAAUGCUAGCCUUAAUGUAGCUGGGAGUCAGAUCAAAACCAACACACACUGGGGCUUGGGGGGUGGGGAAGUGUGUGGUCAAAAUAAGUGGGUCAGUGGGGAAAAAAAACAGGGGAGCUGAUUGAAUCUGAUGUCGUAGAUAUUUAUCUAAUUAUUCAAAUAAGAGAGAAAGGGGCAUUAUCAAACUUUUAAUUUGGUGAAAAAAGGACAAGCCAGAAUUGCAGGGACAUGAAAAGAAGAAACAGUGAUGCACCCAGUAGGUUUUAAAAAGAGUUCUGCAAAAACCAUUUGUGGAGCAAUGCAUUAAUUGGGGAGGGUGUUGUAGAUAUGUCACUACAAUGCACAAAGGCAAAAUCUGGGAUUUUUUUACCUAAACCACAUCUGCUAGUUUUAGUAACAUGUAUUAGGUAAAUCUGUAUCUUUGAGCUAUUUGGUCCUCAUAUAAUGGCAGUUCUGUAGAUAGCUGAGUGUUCAGGCUGCAGUUUCACAGUUCAUUUCAGCAAGUGGGAUCUCAUGUGUAAAUGAGCACUGAAUUGGACCCUCCCUUUUAGAGCUCCAUCUGUGGCAAGGAGCUGGUCUCCUUUCUGAUCCACUGUAACUGUGUCAGUCUCGUCGGUAUUUUCCCAGUCACAUGGAAUAUGGGUGGAGCUAUGGAGAAGACUUGGAUGGAAAAGUUCUGUAGCAAAGAUACAGCAGGCAGAUGCUUUCUUCAUGGUACAGCAUUACUAGAUAAGUAUUGCUCAGUGAUACAAAAGCUUCCUUUAAAAAUUAAUUACUUAUAGCAGCAUUUCUGAACAGUACUCUAAGUUCAUAUUAUGGAAAAAACUAUUUUCCUUAUUGAAUUUUUUGCUCCAAACCCUGCAAAGUGAAUACAAUCAUGGAGUGGCAUAAUGAUCCUCAGAAAUAACCUGAUAACAAAACUCAAAAUUGCUUUUUUUUCUAGUUAGCAAAAUAAUGUACAUGCCCAAAUGAUUUUUAUCUAGAAAAUAAUUUAUAUACAAAUAAAUGAAUUGCUGAAUACUAGUUGCACUAGCAUGUAUAGAUGCAAUUAUAUGCUGUUUUCUAUGUAUUAUAGAUAGGAUGACAUGGUACUUGAAAGAUAAAACACUAACAUAGAUUUGUACUAAAAAAUAGAAAAUUAAUAUAUGUGUUUAAAAUCUAUUUACUAUUUAUUUAUUUUUAUUUAUACGGGAAUAAUAUCUGUAAAGACAAAUCAGGAAGACCAAUAUGUCAAAAACUGAAGUUAGAGAGAAAAAGCUGCUGUACAUGCACUGCCAAACAAUGCAGUCCCUCUUCCUGCGUUCUCAGCUGGAGGAGAUUACAAUUUCUUUUUUUUUUAAUGCCUAAUGGAUUAAAGUUCCCAUUUCAUUUCAGUGGGCUUUGAUCAGGCUGUAAGUUGGAGCUGGGUCUUGCAGUCCUUCCACAUUUUAAUGUAAUAAUCCCUUCCUGCUCUUGCCACUGUUAUUUUAAUGAGAUGGCUUACAUUAUUAUGAGCUGCAGAUAUGGAUUUCUGUUAUUCUGUCUUGCACUGUGUGGCUCUAAUUAAUUAUUUAAUCAUAGAAAUAACUAUAUUUCACUGGUGAAUAAAGCAAUGCCAUUCUGUAUCAGUUUGUCAAGAAUUUAGGGAUCUUUUAGUGAAUGGAAAUGUUACAACUCAAUAUACAUUUGUUAUAUUAAAACACAUAAGUGAAAAGGUUAAAUGGUCUUUUAAGAAAGCCACUAAUGUCACUUAUAUGGUUACUCUGAGCAGUGAGAUGUGUGCACACAGAGGGAUGAAUUCCAUAGGGAGGGUGUACACACGAAGCUGAGUCAAAAAGUCAAUGGAUAUGGGAAUGUGCUCUGUCCAGCCCUGUGGAAAUGCUCCUGUUGGACACAGCAAAGUCAACUGUCAGUAGUGAAGAUCCCAAAUCCAUUAGGAUUUGUAUCUGGUUGGUUCCUGUAAUGCAUUUGGCUCCUAUAUUUCAUAACUGGAACCUUCUUAAAGAAAAGUUUAAGGAAGGUAAAACUUGGCCUAUCCACUUAUUUUAAAUGUGAUUCUUCACAAAUGCCAGGAAGUAAACAUUAAGCUCAGUGUCAGUUUUCCAGUGGUUUUUCUUGUGUGUCUCUCUUUGUAGAAUUUCUUCCAGUUCACAUUCAGAGGAGACUGAUCUUUUCUGUGUUGUGAUCAACAGCACACUAAAACCAGAUCUCCUGUGCCUACAACCAUUCUCUGUAUAUGAAGCCACAUGUUUUGGAGAGACAAAACAAUUAUUUAAGUAAGAGUUAGUCCAUUCAACAGUCAGAAAACACAUGGAACCAGCCAGUUUUUGAAAUCUAGGUCCCAAACAUUUCUGCAGGUUAUGUGAGUUCAGCACUGACUUUGGCAAGGGCAGCACACAAAUAUCCAGUCUCAUGGGAUACAUGUGGUAAAAAUCUUGGCACAUAUUUGUUCAUCUCUUUUAUCAGACAUGGCAGUUUGAGCUCAGUCUCAGAGAUUUGUGGUUUUUCUUACCUGACCUGGCUGGGUUAAGGUGGCUUCUAGAUGGGCUGCAGCCACAGCUUCUGAACACAUUGCAAAUACACCCCAGGGCUCUUUGGAAAAUGCGACUCAUUAAAUGAGCAGGGUUUUUUCAUCUUGCCCUUCUUUAUUGUCUUAUCUGAUUUUUUUCUCUGUACUAUAUAUGCUGUUACAAACAUGCUGUUGCAAUCUUUAUUUGUUGCUUUUAAGACAUUGACAGAACAGCAACCUGAGUAGAACUGUCAGCACUUUGCAGUGUAACAAAGAGUAAGGUCCUCUGUGUACCCUUCUUCCUGCUUUGAGAAACUAACCUUGCAACCUUUGUUAGAAUUCUCCAAGGAAUGUUGUCUCCUCCUGCUCCUGAAUUGGGCCCUUAUGGACUGGAAAAUAUUCCUGAACAGAUUCUGCCCUGGUGCUGUGAGAAAAGACUGUUGUGGGACACUCAAGAAGCCUCUUUCAGGGUGUAAAACACAGUAACUACAUCAUGUUUGCACAUUAGUUUCUUGGUUGUGUUUAGCUUCUAAAGUGUAGGCAGUAGGAAUUUAAGUGAUAUAAUAGUAUUUCUGAUUAUGCUGUUAAAGCAAAGAGGAUGCAUUAUGUGGGUAUUGGUGCUUAUUUGUGAUGUACCUGUGUUUGUGUGGUGCUAUUUGUGAGUAAAGCUGUAGAUUACACAUCAGUUUAAGGAGCUAUAUACUGUUCAUGAGUUUUAGCUUGCCAUCCAUACAUUACUGUCAGGGAAUAAUUUUGAGGGAAGCUAGAUCUGUAGUGUCCGUAUUUAUUGAUUUCAGGAUUCAUAGAACCAGAUGCUGUAAGUUUUAUCAGCAGUACAGUUCUAACAAAUAUAACAUUAUUUUCAAUUGCUACUCACAACUUCUCAUCAUAAUAACAGGUUUAUUUUGUGCCACCACUUUCAAUAUUUGCUUUGAUUGCAUGAUUGUUGCCUUCAAUUUCCCUGCCUUUGUUUCCCAACCUUUGAAUAACUUGAGGAAGCUGAAGAAGCAGCCCAGGUUUUUUGUUCCUGAAAAUAAGAUUGCUUGAUUUUGCUUAAGCAGGGUGUUCUACUAACUUGCAUUACAUUAUUUUAUGCUCCCAGAUGGUCUAUUCUCUAUGGCUGUGCCAUUUCCCACCUGCUAAGGAAAAAUUAUUAUCCUUUAUAACCACUAUCACUGGUGUUUUACUUCAUUAAAUAAAACAGAGACUUUCCAGGAAGCAUGGUCACUUCUCCAUGCUUCAGUGUUUCAGUUCUCUUAGGACAAUCAAAACCAAGUGAAAUGGCUAAACAUUUCAAAAUACACUUUUAAAUAGUUCUGGGAAAUAUACAUAAGGAAAUGCAAGGGAUCACCUUUACUGCUACUCUGUCAAAUUAAGUAAUGCCACUUUGAUGUUCUAAUACUGAUUAUAUAUGACAUGGAAAGACUAUGACAAGAAUACUGAUUGGUUUUUUAAUACUGUGGAAAAAAAUGAACAAUAGGUAUCUGCUGUAUUCAGAAAUGUGGAGGGGCAAUAUGUGCAAAUGGAAACUUUGAUAAGCAAUCAAGUUUUUGUACUCAUAUAGUUUCCUGCAUAUACAGUUACAGCAUCUGCCAACAUAUUGCAUGUUGUAUGCCAACAGUGACCUAUUUUAGUAUAUGCAUGCAUUUUGAGAAUAUAUCCUUGUUCUUUGGAUCUCUGAGGUCUGCCAAGUAAAUCUCAGGUGCAGUAAUCUUCUACAUACCUUGAAUAUUCACUGGCAUGAGUGCAUAUUCUAAUCUGUAGGAAGAUUAGUAUUUCAGGACUAAAAUUGCCCGAUUUAUUUUCAAAGAGUAAUCUUGCUCUGAAGAACUAACAACUGCUGGCUGGCAGCACAGCCUGGACUGCUCUGAGAAGACAUUUCAGUUUAUAAAAAUAUGUCUAAGACUAAGUAGUAGCAGCAGAAAGCUAAAUUGAAAAGAAAUAAGAAAAUGACCAAAAAUCCCACUAUGAGGGAAACAACAUACUUCAAAGCCAUAAGUCAAAAAUGCUCAGGGCCCACAAAAUAACACUGCAAUUUAGGGAUGUGAAUAGGAUUUUCCAAAGGAAUAGGACAGUGUUUCAUGGCACAGGUAGUGGUACAGUAAGCACUGUGCAGGUUUCAGCUGCCUUGAACAGCACUCCAUUGCCAUUAUAGCAAAGUCAUCAAAUGUUAAAAAACAUUUGCCUGUGAAGGAGUUGCCUGUAGCUGAACUUACUGCCUACUCCUAUCUUUUAAUGGAACAGAAGUGAUGUGCACUAUCCAUGAUGAGGCAGUUAAAAAAAUACAUUCAAGAAGCCAAUAGCACCAACUUUUCAAUCUGCCUUUGAAUUAUUAAACUUGACUAAUUUGUACUGUCACUGUUGGUCCUACACCUCGUAUAUUGAAAUUCUGCAUCAUGCUCUCAAAAAAUUUAUAAAUAGCAAUCUGCUUGAAAAUACAUAAGGCCAUAUUUCUUUUUAAUGCUUAGAAGGGAGUCCCUUGACUUUGUCAUGGCAUGACUCAAAGGAAAGAUGGAGGCAUUUAGGUCAAGUACAGCAAUACCAACUAGAGUGGCAGAAAAUUAAUUAAAAACUUUUUUUUUCCCAGUGGUAUAAUGAUAUUUGAACACAAGAGAUUUUAUAGUGUACUGAUAUCCAGCAACAGCAUUGUAUCACUGUAGAAGUUCUUAAAUCAAUUAUAUCCUAUAGAGAAUAGAAAACAGAUUCUAAGCCACUGAUUUGGCCUCCUGCACUCAUUUUAAGAGCCUGAUAGGCCACCUGCUGAUGUCCAUGGUGAACCUCUGCUUGAUUCCAGGCCUGUAAGGUAGCUCCUUCCACAUGUGUGGAACAGGGGUAAAACUGUCAUUCCAGACCCCAGGCCUACAAACUUUCCUUUACACAUCAGUCCCAUGGAAUUAGUAAGGCUUGUUUGCAUAGUAUGAGGAAAGCACAGGUGUUUGCAUAUGCAGGGCCCUGUUUGAUAGCAAUUUAUACACAUUUUAUCUCGCUAUCUCUGCAACAUACGUGAAUACCAAUACAAAUAAAAAGUACAGGGAACUUAAAUGGCAUUAUUUAAUGUCUAGUUUGUGUUGGUGACACUUGAUUAUUCAAUAUAUUCCAGUGUGUGAUGUUCAUUCCUUGAGUACGUGCCACACCCUAGAUUGGUUUCUCAGUGUUACAGCCAUUCACAGCCAUGAUGUGGUACAGGCCUGUAGAAUCAAGGCUGAUUUGAUUCUUUAGAGAUGCACCUUAUUGUUUGAAAGCAGGACCCCUGCUUUUCUAAUAUUUUAAACACUGUGAUCUUUCAGAAUGUGUUUAUUGUAUUAGUUUUGUAUUGUAGAUUAUGAUAGAAAAUAGAUUUUAUAGCUUUUUAAAAGCAGUGAUAAUACUAAGCUUCAUAGUGGCAGAACAAACUGUGUAUAUCCAUAGUAUGAAUAAUUAAAGCUGUGAUUAUAUUUUGCCUUAAAUAAAAGUCCAACCUUGAACAGUA